AUGAGCGGUCUUUCGCCUGCUACCGGGAAGAAGUGUCAAUUCUGUGAUCGCCGAUUCAGCAGAAAUGAGCACCUUCGCCGACAUCAACGACAUCACACUGGCGAAAAGCCAUUCCAGUGCCACCUCUGCUACAAAUCAUAUGCAAGAAGUGACGUCCUUGCUCGGCAUGUUCGAAAUCAUGGGUCGGAAAGUCAAGAGGACAGGGUGAAUACGGAGGGCCGAGAAGAUCGAGAAGAUUACACAAUUGCCACAGAAGAAUCUGCGCCAGAGGUAUCCUUUGAAUUGCAGCAGACGAACUUCGCUAGCGACCAACGUGCUCUCGGACUGAGCCAUGAUGGCGGCAUAAGUUCUUCUUUAGACAACCAAGCUGUAUCAGGCACAACCACCAACGAUAAUACUAUCACACAUGCGAUGCAAUUUGCGGCCUCGGAGCAGAUGCAGUCGACAGAGGGUUUCUCAAUUUCCGCCACUGGCUUUGAUCUUAGCGCACUUUGUGGCUACAACCUUGAUUUUCCUUCGGUCUUCGACGCCCUCGACAGAUGGAUCACGCCCGCCCCAACGGCAGACCAAAGCAUGCUGCCCUUUUCACCUUCAGGUCAGGAAAACAGAAAUGCAACUCUGUUCGAUGCAGCCUCCCUAGAGCUGUCGAAGCGCGUGCAGCAAGCAUGGCCGAGAAGACGUGCAUAUCCUGUCAUACGUGUGAUUCGCAAUAUGUGGCGCUGCGCUGCAGAGCACACCGCGGACAAUUUCUUCUCAAACGCAUUGCUCGCGGGCCAAUCUGGAUCGCAGAAUGCAAGUAGCCCAAGCUCAAGGUGGAAUAUGGACGAUGAAUGCAGAGCUAGACUUAUGUCGGAUUGCGAGACAAAUCUCCUCCCUGCUGAGAGCUACACUGGCGGAGUCACUGCUCCGGGAUCGCCUCACAUCUCCGUCCCUUCAGUGCAAGAAGAAGUGGAAGUGGAAGGUCUCUCACCUCAUGCACCUCGACUCCCAUUCCCCUCUACGGAAACGCUGGAUAUGAGCAUCGACUUCUAUUUCCGGCGAUUUCAUCCAGUCCUGCCCUUUUUGCACAAAGUCACCUUCGAUGCAAAGUUAACGCCGAGCUGGCUCUUGUUGCCCAUAUGCCUGAUCGGACUGUCAAUCCUCAAUCCCGGCGGAGCGGAAGAUCUCAUUCGGCUUUACCUGGGCAAAUUAAUACGGUUUAGUCGACUGAACCUCACUUAUAAAGGUCUCGGGAAGGGAGGAGCUCAUCAACUUUUGACGUCCCUAGCAUCGGCACUUCUCGUGCUAUAUCUGGGUUUGAGCUGCGAGAAACUGGUUGACGAGUAUCAAGCACAUAUGCUUGCUAUACAGACGCUCUUCAUCGCUGAUCGCCACGGUAUGUUCUCAGCUCAUGAUGGGGAGACGGUGGCACUGGACAUGUUCCAGAGUUUCUCGAGUCCAGUGGAACAGUGGAAGGCUUGGGCACGGGUUGAGUCUUUGAAAAGACUAGUAACAUGCUUGAUAUCGAUCGAUUCCGCUUAUACCAGGAUGCUUGAUCUGGCCGCCAACAUUGGAAUCGAAAGGGUAGAGGUGGUGUUACCUUGUGACUCGACCUUAUUUGAGGCGCCUUCGGCAAACGUGUUCUUCUGCAGGGUCGAAUCUGGAGCAUCGAUGAUGACUCACCAAGUUGAUUUAGCAGCAGUACCGCUAGGAGGAGGGUCAUCGAUCUCUGCUCUCGAUUCCCUAGGUGUGAGAGCCCUUCUCGACGUUCUCUCCCUGCGGGAAGCAGCAUACAGACACAAGCUUCUCUCAAAGGCGACGUCUUCCUCCAGACUCACGUCUUUCGUUCCAUCGCUAGCAUAUGCGCAGAACGGGAGUGCAUCGAACAUUGCUAGGGCUCUGGUAUCCAUUGCCACGACCAAGAUGCCUAUGAUCCACCAAGAUGCGCCAGCAGUGUUGACUUGGAAUCAUCUCUGCCUCCUGUUGUGCGCAGACAUAGAUCGAGUCCAGACUGCAUGCAGCAGGACAGGCUUAGAAGCCUCACACAAGGCCAUGAGGGACCUUUUAUUGUGGUCACGGACGUCUAGUGCACGACGGGCUGCCGUACACUCAGCACAGAUCUUCAGCAUUCUCUCUCAGCGGAGAGUUUCUGACUUCAAGACUUUGUUGCCGGAAUUGGUCUUGUCGAAUGCGGCUCUCGUCAUGGCUAUGUAUAUCUGUGUCAGCCAUUGGAACGACCAUUCUUAUACCGAGCCCACUGAACUUUUGCAAAGUCCCGAUUGGUCCGGCAUCGGUGAUGAAGGUUUCUGCAUGCGGUCUCGACUCGAAGACAAUGAUCGCUUGGCGACGACGGUGAACAACCAGGCUUGGAGAUUCAUCGUGCAGGGAGGAGCAUUUACAUUCGGUGGUGAGACAUACUCCCCUGGCGCUGUAUCAGCGCGAAAGAUGGUGCUCGUCUACGCACAACUUGUCGACGAGAUCUCUCCCAGGCCCGGGUCGGAACACUCACGGCUACUUCGCACAAUCGGCGACUUCCUAGGUGCAGCAGCUGAGCAAUUGACUGUGCCGCUGGAAGUUGGCUAA